AUGAUACUCUUAGAACCUCUUCGAGCACUAACAGCAGCGUUCCGGACAGCGUUGCUGUUCGCGAACUUUUCCAUUCUUCACAUUGGAGAUGAUCACAUUGUAUUUACGGAUAGUGCUUCUCGUGUCGCUUUAGAAUGUCUGUUUUAUGUCUCUUCCACUCAAUCAAUAAGUAUCGAUAACGAUAUUGUUGGCGAACCGGAUAUUGAAUGUUUGGAUGAAGAGAUUCGAAUAUGGGUGAAAACGAGGAAAACGUUUGCCGGCCGAAUUUACGCGAAAGGAAAAGCGGACGUAGAAGAAUGCUAUAAGGACGAUUUUGCGAAGGAAAGAACGAAAAAACCACAUUUCGACCUGAAAUUCGGUAUAUGUGGUAUGCGAAGUUUAAGAUCGGUUGACCCUCGAGGAAUGUACUAUGGAAUAACCAUAGUGGUCUCUUUUCAUCCGCUGUUUAUCACAAAAGUCGACCAGGCUUUUCAUGUCAAGUGCUUCUUUGAAGAGGCAAGCAGAGGACUAACAGCUGAGCUGGGAGUAAGUAUGAUUCCCACGACCGAACUGGAAGCACGUCAUGGGAUUCCUGGUUGUUCAUACAGCAUUCAUCACAGUUCCAUCGAGGAUCUGGAUGAGGGAAAGCCGGCCGGGCCACCGAUACAGUUCGCCCGAAUAGGCGACCGAGUGCUUCAUCAAUGGCACUGUAACGACAAAAUGUUCGGAGUACUGAUCAAUAACUGCUAUGUUACUGAUGGAUUUGGAAAGAAAGCGGAUGUUAUUAACGAUAAGGGAUGCCCUGUGGAUCCUAUCCUGAUCACUGGCAUACGAUACUCCGCUGAUCUACAAAGAGCUUAUGCAGAAUCGUCGGUAUUUAAAUUUGCUGAUAAGCCAGGAGUUUGGUUCUUCUGCCAGAUUCAGAUGUGCAUGAAAAAAGCUGGGAUGUGUCAGGGGAUUACGCCGCCAUCAUGCGCCACAAAGGCUCCACCAGUCGGAGAAGAGGAGGUCGGAGAGUUUGAAAAACCUGGACUACCUGAGCUACCUGAUAUGGAGUACGAAGAAACCACACCACCUGAACGACGUCGAACAACCACCGCACCCGAAUAUUUGGAGCCCAGUAGAAGACGAACCACAGCCGAGUAUCCAGAAUAUCCAGACGAAACGAAAGAUCUGAAGUUGCAUAGUCCUACUUCUCCGAUACCUUAUGGGACAACGGCACCUUCUGUAGAUUACGAUCUGCAAACGGAAGCUGUUACCAUUUUUGGACCGGGAUUCUCGUCCGAAGAGGGAGAGCCGGAAACCAAAGCAGGAACCAAGAUUACCACGACAUCUAUUUCUCAAUCGUUCGAGACUGAAGAGGAUCUAUUAGUUACGACACCUAUUUCCAGGAAGAGCUCAAAAAUUGGAAAAAGUGAUUACAACGACUACGAUGACGUCACGAUUCCGCCAAAUCUUACCGAUUUGCUCGCUAAUCUGCCCGACGAUUUGAGUCCUGAAACACUUCAAAAGAUGUUCAGAGAUUCCGUGGACGACCGCAAGGCACUCCUGGAAGGCUUCGAAUUGUUGAAAAAACAAAUGAAGAAACUUGGACGUCGUCCGACGAGAAUGAUGAGAGAACUGCGAGCGGGUGAUCUACGAUCUGGGGACAAAAUCGAUCAGAUCCAGGUUGACUGGAUGUCAGGACGACGUCGUGAUGUGCCUCCUCUAGACGACGAUGAUGUUACCAUGAGAAGACGUAUCGAUGAUCCAAGCAACUAUGAUAAACCGAUGAUUUCCGGGCAAUUGAUGAUCUUUGAAUUGGAUGAGGAGCCACCUGAAAUUGAGGGCAGGGCAAAAACAAAAGGCUCCGUUUCGCCGCCGUCGCCUUGCGCCAUUUCGAGGAACGGUCUGUUCGCAGUUGCGGGCAGUCUUGGAGCCGUUUGUGGGGCUCUUUUUAUUGCUGUCCUGACCAUGUUCCUCAAACUGCACAGAAUUGAUGAGAAGUUUGCGGAUACUGUCAACUACACUCAAAAUGCUGACAGAGUCACAGUGUUCCGACCACAACAACGGAAUUGCUCUUGA